CUAAAAUGCACGCCCGUCUGCAUGCGUGCGUGUGCACCUGACGUACGUCUCGGCGUCUCGCGCUCUUUCGUCUGAACAACAAACCUUUGUUUAUCUCUUUCAAGUAUUCAUCAGGCUGUGACUAUCCUCACCAUUUAUCAUUGGACUGAUAUAUUCAUCACAACAUACUCAGCGCAAUACAUCUACUUCAAUAUCACCAAUUCACACCUCAAUCCCGUACUCCACCCGCCUGACGUCAUCCGCCACUGCAGCACCCAAAACACUGAACCUUCGCGUCAACGACAUCUCCGAAGACAAGAACAGCUCGGCACAAGAAUAACUCGAAGAAUCAAUCAAUCAAUCACCAGAUCCUUUCCAAAAUGCCAGUAACACGCAAAUCCACCCGCUCUCGCGGCGCCGCCGCCGCCGCCCAAGGCAAACAGCAGACCCUCUCCUUCAACCACCGCAUCACCAAGCCGACCGUCAAAGCCGGCAAAGACCUUCUCGUCAAACAGGAGGAGGCACCUAAGACCGUAACCGAGACCAAGGACGUCAAGGUCGAACACAAAAUCGAGGUCGAAGACGAUGUCAUUGAAGUACCCGAGACCGAGUCUCAGUCGGAAGAGGCAUACGAGGAGAAGGAGAAGAAGCCACAUGCCAAGGCGAAGAAGCCUGCGAAGAAAGCCGUGACUAAGGAUGUCAAGAAGGAAACCAAGGAGGUCUUCAAGGAGAAGGAGGGAGAACCAGAGCCGAAGAGGAGCGAAGUCGAGCUCCGCGCCCUCGAGCUCCCGCAGUCCGCUAUUGACUCCUACUGGCUCUCCAUCGACUCGGCGCGCAUGGCGCGGACUGUGCACAAGAAGCAUACCGAGGGACUGACGACGGGGGAGAAAGUGCUGAGGUAUUUUGAUGUUAGCAGUCAUUAUGGUCCUUGCAUUGGAAUCUCCAGAUUGAAGCGCUGGCAGAGGGCGGAGAGACUGGGUCUUAAUCCGCCACUUGAGGUUCUGGCUGUUUUGUUGAGGGAGGAGAAGGAGAGCGGGAAUAGGGCUAUUGAGAGGGCGCAUAUGGAUGAGCUCAUGAAUAGUGUUAGCACUGGGCCUUAAACCAGGUUCUCGGCUUUGGAAAGACAGUUUGGGGGAGUGUGGGAAACGGCCAGCGGCUUUUAAGUAUGGAAUGGGAUGGGAUAAGGGGGUCACAGUACACAGUUUUAGCUGGAUUGGCGAGGUGUUUCUGGGAAAUGAUGUUCGGGAGUUGGUAUUCGGGAGAUUUACGUUGGGUAUGAACAUGUAGCAACGUAACGAAUGGGAUUUGGGUCGGGUUUCAGGUCGCAUCGAUGCUAUACUAUCCACAUGUCAACGAUGCGCCAAGUACUCUAUAACGUCUCUUUUCUCUAGGAUCAACAUUCUAAAAAAAAUCUAGUA